UCCGUAUCUGAAUGUGUUCAGCAUCAGUAUCACUUUAUAAAUGAGAACAAGACCUGGACUGAAGCUCAGAGAUACUGCAGAGAGAAAUACACAGAUCUGGCCACCGCUGACAACAUGAACGACACGAACGAGCUGAAGAAGAGUGUGAAUGAUGGAAGUGUUCAGAAUAUCUGGAUUGGGCUGCAGAAGACGGGUCGUGAUGAAUGGCACUGGUCUUCAGGUGAACCUGUGCUCUAUCUGAACUGGGCUCCUGGACAACCAGAAACCCGUUAUUGCGGUAUGAUGUCAAAAGGAAAAUUUGAGGAUUUGUCAUGUAGUGAUGAACGAUAUUUCAUCUGCAACAACACAAAGACGAAAUUUGUCUUAGUCAAUCAGGCGAUGAAAUGGAGAGAUGCUCAGAGUUACUGCAGACAGAAUCACAUUGAUCUGCUCAGUGUGAGGAACCAGAACGAGAAUCAACAGGUUCAGCAGUUCAUUAGUGAUAAUCAUUUAUCAGGAUCAUGGAUCUGGAUCGGUCUGUUCAGAGACUCAUGGCAGUGGUCAGAUCAGAGUGACUCUUCAUUCAGAGAUUGGAAGUCUGGUCAACCUGAUAAUAAUGGAGGAAAUGAAAACUGUGCAGCUGUUAAUGCUCAGAGAAAAUGGUUUGACGUCUCUUGCACCAAUCAAUAUCCUUUUGUGUGUUAUGAAGAUCCUGAACUGAUUGUGAUCCGAGAGAAUGUGACGUGGUCUGAAGCUCUGAGAUACUGCAGACAGAAUCAUGUGGAUCUGGUCUCGGUUCAUUCAGAAGAGAUGCAGCGUCGUGUGAUGAACGUGGUUAAACGUGCGUCUACUGCGGAAGUGUGGUUGGGUUUACGUUACUCUCACAUUUUGGGCAUCUGGUUCUGGGUGAGUGGAGAUACCGUCUGCUAUAAGAACUGGGCUCCAGGGAACGGCACAUCAGAGGAGGACUGUGAACACACAGUGAGAUCUGGAGCAGUUCAGUCUGGAGGAGAUCAGCGCUGGAUCAGCCUUCCUGAGACUCACAAACUCAACUUCAUCUGCAGCAGAUACUCAGAGUGAAAGGAUGCACAGAACUUUAAGAAGAGCUUUUGUGUUUACUCCCUUUAACUACAUUUUCAUUCACCACUUUGUAAAGGAAUAAUUUGAAUAAUAUCAGUUUCAACAGGCAGUCGCACCGAGGGUUAAAAAUACAGAAACGUUUUGCUCACUCAACGUGUGUAUGUCUGUGUGUGUCAUUUAGUAACUUCAUUGAGUUUUGUGACGGUGAAAGGACAUC